AGGCCUGAUGUCAUGAAUACAGAGGCUCAUCUCAUCCACUAACUUUACCUGUAAAAGAACUACCAUCAACUACCUGUGAGAAUUAGAGAUGCCGACUGUAAACGAGGCAGCAAGUAAUGGUGUCCUGGAUAGGUUUCCUACCAGAAUAGUUGAUGUCAUCGACUUUCAUGACUGUGCUCAGGGACUGGGGUUGAAGAUAUUCGGGGGAGUUAGUUCCCGGGGUGAUGAACAUGGUAUCUUUGUGAAGCAGGUGGUACCUGGGGGUCUUGCAGCUCUGUCUGGACGGUUACAGGCUGGUGAUGAACUGCUGGAGGUGAACGGAAGGCCACUUCAUGGGAUGGCUAAUGCGAAGGCUGUCUCCAUGCUCAGAGCCUGUGCAGCGCAAAGAAUUCUCACUUUGGUAAUAUCACGUGACACAGAAGCGUACAAAGGUUACCACAAACUGUGCUCCAGUAUCCUCUCCGGCUCAGUUCAGAGUCUGAACGUCAGUGAUGAGAUCCCCCGAUACACCACCAAGGGUAGAUUACGUGACAAUAAGAACAAGACACCUGAUCCUAGGUCACCCCACUUGGUGAAGCCGGAGCAGGAGAGGUUGGGAUCCUCUCCGGGGAGGUACGGUAGCUCUGAUGAUGGCUCUUCUUCUCCACUCAACUCUCAUAGGAACAAAAGAGGAAGUGCACUGAGAUCAUCAGAGAGACCCCGGAGUGCUAGGCCUCUUGAUAUCACCACUGAUACUAGUGCCAGUGAAGGUCAGAUUUCUCCAAUAUCGCAACUCUCCACAACACCUCUCGCCCCCAAAACAGUCUUCAUCGACUACAAAACAGGACUGGGCAUGAGCAUCUGCGGAGGAACGAACAAAUCAGAAGGUCCAGGGAUCUACAUAGACAGCGUUAUAAAGGGAGGGGAUGUGCACAGACAGGGGAUUAUGCAGCCUGGGGAUGAGCUGGUGUCUGUUAAUGGGCACGUGCUGCAGGGGUUAACUCACGAGAGGGCUAUGAAGAUACUCACACGACUCAAGUUAAGGCAGGUUAAGCAGUCUUCCCAGGUGGAAAUAGUUUAUAAACCAGGUGACGGUGUUUCGCCGCGUCAGAAAAUCAGACAAAACGCUGCUACUACCCCCUCCCCUGCAAUACACGUCACUUCCUCCAACGGUACUCCUAAACGAUCUCCCUCCUCUUCGAGUGUUAACAAGUUGUAUGUCACUUCUCCGGUUGAUCGUGGUCUGUCUCCCUCUCGACAGUCUCAGUCGAAGGAUCUUCCUAAGUCAACUGGAGCUGGUGAUUCUAAUAAAUUGUCGGGGAUAUCUGGGACUAGAUCUAUAACUGACACAGCCAGCACGGUCCUGAAUACUAAACUUGAUGAAGGCAGCACGCCACUUAGAACAGGAUCUCUGGCACCUGGCCAGCAAAUCAGUAUGGACAAACUAGUGGUGGCUCUGCAGUAUCUAGGGUACAAUCCUACCCCGGAACAACUUCAGACGUUGAAAAGCAAACUCAACAUUGAUGCCGACAAUAAGGUAAGAUACGCUGAUUUCGUAGCAGCAGCUCGAGAAGUGUUUGCUUACAAACUCCGGGAAAGUGACAAGAAAGUGCUGAAGAGUGAUUCAAUGGACGAUAUCUCCAGAUCCCGGGCUGAACUCAACAAAUCUCUCAACACUCUUACAGAUUUCUCCAAAAGACGAGUCCACUCCUCUUCCCAGAGUGGUCCAAUAAAGCGCUCCUCCGCUCUGAGCAGCUCAGUUCCUGAUCUGAGUGUCCCCCAUAAUCUCCCUCACCAAAAUGAGCUGAGGUCUGCUAGCUCCCUUGCUAAUCCUGUUAAUAAUCUACUGGAUCAUGUCAGCUCAUCUCGUACUGGGUUAGCAAAGAGUAGAGGAGCUACCACCUCCCUGCCCCGAACUGAGUCUCUAGUCUCCCCUGUCUCUGGGUACUCCACCUCUGGGUGGUCUCUACCCCAGUAUGACAAGGACUACGCUUCCUGUGAUCCUGCUGAGCUGAUCCGGGAGUGUGCUAUCCUUGCUGCAGAGCUCCGCAAGUCUGAGAAAACUAUACUGCAGUACAAGUCGAUCACAGAGAAGCUGCUGAACUUUGCAGCUAACGUCCAGAGCUCCUUCAAAGCAGAGGUCUCCAGGUCUCGGUCUCUGGAGAGAGGGACACCCCUGGACAGGAGCAGAACUAGACAGAGUCUCGCUACUGUCAUACACGGGGCUAACAAAACGAUAUUGGAAGCCCAGGAGAUUAUUCACGACGACAUGCUUCCCGCGGGAUGGGAGGAAGCCUUCACCGAGGACGGCGCGAAGUACUACAUCAACCACUACUCACAGUCUACAAGCUGGGACCGACCUGUAGGGUGAGAGGUCGUCCUUUUCUCUCUUUGGAACCCAAAAGGGAAGUCAUUAAGUGCGAAUUGAGGUUCAUCUGUGAUGUGUUCAGAGGUUUAUAUGAUUUAGUUAUGACAACAAGUGGCAAGUAGACACACGUCUUGGCUCUACAAUCUACAUUUAUUAUGGUAGAUGAUAAGUAUUCUUAAAUCUUUAUUGAGAUUAUCACACAUGAUUAUGACACGAGUGACAAACUUAAGAGCAGCUAAAUGACUUACUUAUUAUUGUAAUAGAUUAUACAUUAUGAUCUUAUGAUAGAACAACUUUCUGAGCAAAAUAUUCUAAUGGUAUUUGAACAACUUUGGCUUCACAUUUAUAAACUGUACUAUCGGUUAAAUUAUCGAUACUUACAUACAUAUAUCGGCAUGCUGCUUAUUCUUAAACUGCUAGUUUCUUUAUAUCACCUUUAUUUUUACUGCCAAAUUACAAAUAUAUCUGGAAACUCCGAAAUUAAACAAUCAGAACCUUCAGAAUGGGAUAUCUUUUCUCGGUUACUAUUUUUAAAGUGCUUGAUUUGUAUUUCUAUUCGAGUUAUAUUACAUAUUUCCUCCGAAGAAACUUCUUGUUAUUUUAACUUUUCUCUGAACUUCUUUAGGGUUAUUCACCAUGACCAUGGAGUAUUGUAAUUUAAUAGUAAAAAUUAGCAUCGAAAAGUUGUUUUAAACUAUUAUAUCCCUCAAUAUCGAGUUUGUUGAAAACAAUUAUGAAUCAUUGUUCCACAGUUUUUUGUAGACUAGAAACUGAUCUUUGUGAUCACGUUUCCAGUUUACUAUUCGCAGUUCUUGUACAGUAAAUAAGAUAUUAAGCUAUGUCGCAAUGUUAUAAAUUCAAUCAACAUAUGAAAAUUACUGUCCAUGAUUCGUCAUAAUGUUAC